AUGACAGUAAUUAUAGCAUCUUUAUUCUUACCCUAUACAGUUCAUUUUGAGAUUGAUACUGCGGAAGUGCAAUCGAUUCCGCAGCAAGACACAACAGCUCCUGCUCAAUCAACUUCAACGCCAAGUACAACUGCGUCAUCGGCACAAUUGUCUAUUCUCCCUUCGUUAUCAAAACAACCAAGACCUGCAGCUGUUAUUCCAGACAAUAAGCAAUUUGAACGUUCCGACACCCCAGAAGGGUUCUUCUACAAUAGAAGAAGCUCUGCCAAGUCAGAACAUCAGUUUAUUCAGCCAAUAUCAAAAAUCAGUAAAAUGGAUAGUUCUGUUGUUGAUUCCAAAAAACCAAACGAAGAUAUGGGUCUUCCAGGAUUUAGCAGAUCACAAGUUAACUUGGCAAAUUCGACUCCCAACUUGGCACGUGUCACGAAACCACUAGCGCCACCUCCAUUGAACCGAGGCCGGAGCUCAUUUAGUAAAGCAAUGUUCACGUUUCACGGAAACAGUAGUGCUACCUCAUUGAUGUCUGAGGAUGGUACUGCUGAGAGCAGCCCUGUUAUAUUGCCUUCGAGCUUGGAAGAUGAUUUUGAUCAAAAUUUCCAGGAUAUGGUGCAUGGUAAAUCAAAUUUGGCUCCGUUUGGUGGGUUCUCCAGACCAGGAGUCGAAUCACAAUUUCUUUUCGAAAAAAACAUUUUUGAUGUUGCCCCAUGGUCCAUUGUUCGACCAGACAAUGGUAAUGGUUCUUUGACAAAGGCAGUAAAUAUCUCAAUUGACUCAGGAAUUAUGGAUAAAGCAAAAUGGGUCGGUAUUGUUGCCAUGCCAAGCGACGAUGUGCCGCUACGAGUUAAAUCUGAAAUUUCGCAAAAAUUGUCCGCAGACUACGAUUGUGAGGCGGUGUUCCCCGACGACGUCACGUUUGAAGGUCAUUACAAGUCAUUCUGUAAACAAAUUUUGUGGCCAACGUUGCAUUAUCAGAUCCCCGAUGACCCUAAAUCCAAAGCGUUUGAAGACCAUUCGUGGGAGCAUUAUGUGCUAAUGAACCAAUUGAUUGCAGAUAAAGUAGUAGAUACAUACAACAACGUGAAGGAUAAAGAGACAACUGUAUGGAUUCAUGACUACCACUUGUUAUUAGUUCCCAAGAUGGUUCGUGAUAAGUUGCCUGAUGCAAAAAUCGGAUUUUUCUUGCAUGUUUCUUUCCCUUCGUCAGAGGUUUUCCGUUGUUUUGCUCAAAGAAAUCAAUUGUUGGAAGGUAUGUUGGGUGCAAACUCAAUAGGUUUCCAAACUAAUGAAUACGUUCGUCAUUUUUUGCAGACGUGUAAUCGGUUGUUAUUGGCCGACACAAGUGAACUGGGAGUCAAUUACCAGGGAAACUUUACUGUGACAAGCACUAUUCCCGUUGGUAUAGAUGCGUUUUCCGUCAGAGAAAAAGUACAUUCAGCACAAGUCGCAGAGUGGCGGGGCUUGAUUAAGGAAAGAUGGAAAGAUCAGCAUUUGAUUGUCAGUAGAGAUAAGUUGGACAAGUUAAGAGGAAUCAAGCAAAAGCUUUUGGCUUAUGAAAUGUUUUUGAUAGAUAACCCGGAAUACAUUGAGAGUACAGUAUUAAUCCAGAUAUGCAUUGGAUCAGCUCAGGAUCCCGAUUAUGAGCUGGAGAUUAUGAAGAUUGUUUCGAGAAUCAACUCGAUGCCCGAGAAUAUUUCAGUUACACAACCGGUGGUAUUAUUACAACGAGAUAUUGGUUUUGAUCAGUACUUGGCGUUAUUAUGUGAGGCAGAUGUCUUUGUGGUUAGUUCUAUGAGAGAGGGGUUGAAUUUAACCUGCCAUGAGUUUAUCACUGCUAAUGAAGAUAAAAAGUCUCCGUUGAUGCUUUCAGAAUUCACCGGAUCGUCUAACUUGUUGCUGUGUAAGGGACAAGGGGCAAUUUUGAUUAACCCAUGGGAUAUUAAAAAGUUUUCAGAAACCAUCAAAAUCCUGUUGACAAUGUCUGUUGGUGAAAAAGAGUUACGCUGGCACAAUUGUAAUCAAAUUGUUCUUACACACGAUUCGAAACACUGGGUUACCAGUUGCUUGAACUCGAUUGAUAACUCCUGGAAAAUCGACCAUAAAAAGAGUGGCAAUCUAAUUCCAUUUACAAAAAACGCAUUCAAGAAUUGGCGUGGUGUGGGUGGUAAAAGGUUGAUUAUUCUUGCCUUGGAGAUUUCAUCAGCUGUUGCAAAUACAAGAGGCAAUAAUGCUGGUUCUGCCUCAGGCAAAGUUAACGUUAUUGAUCCUUCGAGACUAGUGAAGUUAUUGUCUGACUUGGUGGAAUCUCAAAGCACUUUAGUUUACUUGUUGUCUUAUUUGCAACGGUCGGACUUGGAUAUUAUGUUCAAGAGAUAUCCUCAAAUCGGUCUUAUUGCAGAAAAUGGGAAUUUUGUCAAACUUAUUGGUGCCAAGAAUUGGAUAUCAUUAGCCGACAAAGACGAGUUGAAUAGCUGGAUGCCAGAAAUUGUGAAGCUUGUUGAGUCAAAAGUAGAAAGGUUGCCAGGAUCAUUUUGUGAAGCUUUGGACGCAACAGUUCGUUUCCAUGCUGGAAAGUCUUUUUCUGAAGAUCGAGAGAGAUCUUUAGAUACAAUGGGUGAAACAAUUCAACACAUCAACACGCUAUAUGAACACAAUGGAAUACAUGCCACCUUGGUGAGAAACCUGGUAAUUGUCCAAAAGGAUCAAAUAAGCUUGAAAGCUAUUCGGCUUGUCCUUUCGUGUCACAACUCUAAUCUCGACCAAAAGUAUGUUGUGUCACAUAUAAACGAGUUCCAGCAAUCAAUGAAAGAUGAUAUACCUUCAAGUGACCAUGAACUUGCUGCUGUUCUUUACAGUGGCGGGCUCACAUCUAUUGAUGAGGCAAACUACGAGUAUGUGAAUAGUUUGAAAAAUGACAUCAGAAGUUUGACGGUUACUUUAAUAUCAUCAUCAAACGAAGAAACAAAGACUGCUGCUACGUAUGGAGUAAGAGGUAUUAAUGAAUUGCUUUGUAUAUUAAACAGUUAG